AUGGGAAAGUGCGCGGUUACUGAGAUUUGUGAUGUGAAGAAACUAACAUCAACCUUAGUAUACAAGGUGUGUGGAUACCCUAACUCCUUCACGCAGGCUAAAUGCAGCGGACUCGCUCUCGAGGGCAACGACUGGACCUGCGAGUGCUCCCUGGUGUGGCUCGGCCGCUGGCUCCGCCGCUGGCUCCGGGAGACGCUGCAGAUCCACACGGCCAUGCUCAAGGGCGCGCAACAGGUGCACCGCCUGGCGCGCGCCGCCACGUGCCACGAGCCGCGCACGGGCCAGCACGUGCCGCUCCUUGACUUGCACUCCGAGGAUCUAGGCUGCCACGCCUCCGCCCUAAGCGACUCCGGUCAUGCUCCGCCCACAGCAACGCCGACUGCCUUCGUCGUCGCCCUCGUGACUGCCCUCCUCCUCACGCCCACGGUCGCGCUCUUCCUCGGCUCUUGAUGAUAAUGGGCGGUGUGGAGCUUAUCAGCAUAGGAUACUGGUUGUAGGCUUAGACGGGGCAGCGUCCGCGGCUGCCUCGGCCGGGGCGUGGCGCCGCGAGGGCUGGGCGACGGUGCUGGCGGGCGCUCAGGGGCGAGCACGCCGCUGCCCGGGCGGUCAUGUGGCACGGAAACCAUUUCCUAGUUGUUAGUAUGUGUAUAUAUAAGUAUAAGUAUAUGUGUGUGUGUUCAUGUAUGUAUGUAUAUAU